AUGUUUGGGAUACGAGUCGUUCCCGCUCUUGCUCUUCUAGCCUUGGCCAACAUCGCGGCUACCAGUGGACCGACAAGUAUCUUUAUCGACCAAAUCGAAGAAUACGCUCUCCUGGCAACAUGUGCGGAGCUCGAGCUAUCGACUAUUGUGCGUAAUAUGAAGUAUGGAUGUGGAGAUGGCGGCAACGGCGCGUUUACGUCGUUUACUUGUUUCUGCUAUGAGAGCUCUGCCAAGUUUUCCAGCAUGAUCGGUGCUCAUGUCGCCACCGAGUGUCCCGACGAUCCUUCGCAAAACACGACUGCAUUGGAAGUGUUCAGUAGUUAUUGCGAUAUUGGAGCGUCGAAACUAGCUGAGAUUGCUGCUGCUACAACAUCCGUACCAUCAAUAACAUCAUUACUAUCGUCUACAUCUGCUUCUCCAGCAUCCACACCACGGUCAGCAUCAUCGACAACUACCUCAACAACACCAAUCCCAUCGCCCCAACUGACUGAAUUGUCUGAGCCUGCUUCUGCUCCCAAAAACACCUCUCGUACGGUCGCGAUCGCCGCAGGCAUUACGGUUCCAAUCGUCGUUCUAGCUUCAGCUCUCGCGGCCUUCUUCCUGUUUCGCCGUCAUAGGAUCAAGAAGAAGCACAGUGAACCGAAUGUUUACGAGGUAGACGCUUCCACCGUGGACGCAUCGAAGGGAGGCACAUGCCAUGAAGUCAGCGACAAAGGGCAAAUUGCCGCAGAGAUGCCGAAUCCGGAUCCCCAAGAGCUGGAUGCUGAGAGUGGAAGGAGGUAA